AUGGUGGAUAUUUUUAUCAACACGUGUCUCUAUCCUAGUACAGCUGAUUGUGAAGGAUUGUUUGGACCAACUGAUGGCUAUUAUGGCACAGUAGAAGCUCAGGGUAGAUUAUCAUUACAUUUACAUUGUUUGGUUUGGAUAAAAAAUGCACCUAGUCCUGAGAAACUACGUGAAAAAUUAAAGUCUGGUGAUCAAAAUUUUACAACACAAAUUAUAUCGUGGCUUGAGUCUAUAUGUCAGGGUGAAUAUUCUACUGGUACUGAAGCUGAUAUCGAAGAGUUGAUCAAGAGUGAUACUGUAAGUAAAUCUCAUAUACUGAGUAAGUUGCCACCUAUGCCAGAUAGUAAUAUGACAGAUGCAGAUAUAGCAGAUUGGUAUCAAAAUCUUUGUAUAGAGUCUGAUGUUAUUGCAUAUCUAUCGAAUCGUCAUAGUUCACAACAUGGAUAUGGAUGUCAGACAGCUACUGGUCAAUGUAGAGCUAGGUUUCCACGAACCAUCUAUGAUGUUACAACUGUCGAUUUAUCUGAUGGUGCAAUAACAUUAAAGCAUAAAGAGGAAUGGCUUAAUACAUAUAAUGUGAUAUUGACUUAUUUAAUGAGGUGUAAUACUGAUGUUCUUUCGAUGCAGUCAGGUACACAAUUAAGAGCUAUUAUUGCAUAUGUUACUGAUUAUAUUACUAAGUCUAGCCUCAAAACACAUGCAUUAUUUGAUUCAAUAAAAAUGAUAUUAGAAAAGUCUGCUGAGACAAGAAAA